AUUUACUGCGCGCAUUCUGAUUGGAGUCUCUCUUGGUACGGCCGGCUGAACGUGCUCCGGUGGCUGCUGUGGGAGGCGGAGAUGCCCGCGCUGGAGCGCAGCGCCAACGGCGCGCUGGCCCUGCACUACGCCGCCGCCAGGGGCUGCCUGGACUGCGUGCGCCUGCUCGUCGAGUCCUCCAACGAGCUCAGCGCCAACACGCAGAUGGACAACGACGUGACGCCGGUGUACCUGGCGGCGCAGGAGGGGCACCUGGACGUGCUGCGGUACCUGGUGACGCAGGCGGGCGGCUCACUCUACGUCAGGGCCAAGGACGGCAUGGCGCCCGUGCACGCCGCCGCUCAGAUGGGCUGCCUGCCCUGCCUCAAGUGGAUGGUGCAGGAGCAGGGCGUGGACGCCAACCUGCGCGACGGCGACGGCGCGACGCCGCUGCACUUCGCGGCGAGCCGCGGCCACGCCGACACCGUGCGCUGGCUGCUGCGCCACGGCGCCAAGCUCACGCUCGACCGCUACGGCAAGAGCCCCAUCAACGACGCCGCCGACAACCACCAGAUGGAGUGCCUGAACAUCCUGGUGCAGCACGGCGCCACGCCAGACUACCACGAGGAGACGACGGCCCGCACCAACGGCAAGGUGCGACCUGCGGCGUGCUGCCGCGACCCCGACCCCUGCUGCGCGUGCUCUGAGUGCGGGUCCCGCGAGCCGUUCUACCUGCACCCGCCCGGCCCCGGCUCCGCCUCCGGCGCGCCGCCGCAGCGCUCGCCGAGCGGCGGCAGCACGGGCAGCGGGGGCAGCGCCGCCUCCUCGUCGUCGGUCGGGGUGACGGCGCCGGCGCCGCCACCGCAGCAGGACGGGCUGUACGUGAGCCCGCUGGUCGCCGCCCCCGCCGCCGCCGCCGCCCCCGCGCCCGCCAGUAGUCGCGCCAGCACCUGCAGCUCCAGCUCGGCCGGCAGCGACCCCUUCUACCUGCACGACCCGCGCGGCGUACCCCACACGCGCGUCAAGGACCUCUUCCAAGAGCAGCAGCAACAGCACAUACAGCCUCCACCCGUCGGAGUCACAGUGCGCGUGGAGGUUCACCAGAGCAGCAGCUCGGGCGCCGGCUCCGACGAGAACCUCAGCGACGUGAGCAGCGAGCCGCCCACCGCCCCCGUGUCCGCCGUGGGGCCCGUCAGCGCCGCCCACGCGCACGCGCCGCCCUCCGUGGCCGGCGACCACGACCACGACUACGAGGACAUCAACCUGGUGCACGACCACGCCAACAACAAGGAUGCCGACUCGCUCGCGCAGACUUCGCGCGCGCCGUCCAUGGCGCCCUCUACAGAGUCGGGCGUGUCGAGCGCCUCGCCGUCGGAGCUGGGCCACUCGGAGAGCGACGACGCCGAAGCCUCCCGCGCCGCACAGGAGGCCGUGGCCGCCGCCAACGCCAGGAACACGCUGCCGCACCGGCCCAGCAGCGGCUCUUCCAGGGCCCUGAAGCGAGUGGUGUCGGAGCCUGCACAGCUGUCUCCGCCGCCUCCGCCCCCACCACCUCCAAUCGCCGCCCCCGACAUGGACGCCUCAAAAGCCGCCCCUGCCCAGACUGACGCCUCCCCGCAAGCAGACUCCAGCAAGUCACACCAGCAGGAGGCGGUUCCAGCUCCGGAGGCAGCCGCCUCCGCGGAAGAGGCGCCGCCCAAGGCAGACACCGUCGUCUUGGAAGAGCCGUCGCUGAGGCCGUCCGAGGUCCGCAAGACCAACAGGUCGCCCUCCAUCGCGUCCACCUCAUCAGCGGCCAGCAGCGCCAGUGGAGGGGGCGCCACCCCUCCGGCCUCGACGACGCCCGCUCCGGCAGCCGCCGUCACUCCGGAUCCGCAGCCCGAGCCCGAAGGCCGCUCGGGACCCAACCUGGUCAACAAGCAGAUGGUCCUGCCCUUCAUCCCGCCCAGGUUUCCCAGCGGAGCCGGCGACUCGGACGCGCUCAUCAAGCCUUCGGAAUACCUGCGCAGCCUAGGCGGCAAGCCGACCCCGGUGGUGGGCCUAGGCGUCAAGACGGAGUCCUCCGCGCAGCAGUCGACGGUGGCGGCGCCCGCCGAGCGCGCAACCUCGCCGCCGCCAGCGGCUGCGACCACUUCCGCCCCCGCCGCCGCCCCUGCAGCGGCAGAAUCACCGGCGGCGCCCGCAGAGGCGCCGGCGCCGCCCCCGCCGCCCCCACCCGCCCUGUGCGCGCCCACCACCAACGGCAGCGGCGACGACGAGCCGACGACCCCCACCGGCGGCGAGGAAGGGGGCAACGGGACCCAGAGCCGCAAGACGCUGCCGCCGCAGCCACUGGGCGCCAUCAGCAUACAGGAGCUCAACAGUGUGCAGCUGCGACGCACCGAGAAACAGCCCGCCACCAAGACCAUGUCGGCGCCCCCGGCCAAGAACAACAUCCUCUCGCCGGAACAACCGUUCCUGGCGCAGAAGGAGGACCUGAUUGCCGAACUGAAGGCGUCCAAGGACAUCCCCGGAAUCAAGAAGCUGAAGGUACAGCGCGCUAAAGUGGAGGAGCUACAGGAGAGAGAGCUGCUGAGCGAACUGUCUCGCACGCUGACCGCCAGCACGCUCAUGGAGAAGAUCCCGGACAAGGACGCAACGGGCAACCCGAUCCCCGAGUGGAAGCGGCAGAUGAUGGCGAAGAAGGCGGCGGAGCGCGCGCGCAAGGAGAUGGAGGAGCAGCUGGCGCGCCAGGCCGAGGAAAAGAGGCUGCAGGCCAUCCCAGCCUGGAAGCGGCAGCUGCUCGCCAAGAAGGACGACUCCAAAUCGACUCUGAGCCGCGGUCCAGAGGAGAAGCGACCCAGCAAGACGGACGAGCGGCUGCAGGCGGCGCCUGGCGCCCCCACACCCGUGGACAGCAGCAACAAGGAGAACAAGACGCCGCCCCCAGAGUCGCGGCCCGACCCGGGCACCGAGGAGGACGACGAACCGCCGGCGCCCAUCAUGCCGUGGCGCGCGCAGCUGCGGAAGACCAACAGCAAGCUCAGCCUCAUAGACUGAGCGACUUCCUUCCCCCCCAACUCCCCCCCCCCCCAUGUGCUACUCAGAUGUGACUGCUCUCCCGCUUUGGACGAUUGUUCGUGUAUUCACCCACGUCGUCAGCAGCAUAGUGUAAAGAAAAGGGACCGCGUGAUAAGAUAAUUAUACAAAAGAUUUCGAUAAGAGACAUCUUCGAACAUAAUAAAUAAACCGUUAGGAUCUUUGGUGAUAUUUAUGAACACUAUACAAAGGUAUGUUCUGUAUACCCUCUGAUGUUUAUUGUAUGGACUAUAUUGUAUUUAUUACUGUAUGCUGGUGUGAGUAUAGCUGAGUUUCUACUUCGUCUCAUGCUAGAUUUUGUUGAUAACGAGAACAUUUCAGGUUAUUUUCAAUUUCCCCGAUUUUGUUAAACAGGAAAGUGUUUCAUUUUAACCAUAGGUAUAAUAGACAGAUAAUCAGAAAUUUCUUACAAUGAAGCUAACACACCUUGUUGGAAUUUAUUUCAAUACUAACAUAAAUUUAUACAUCAAAUUAAUUAUACAGUCUAUGUAUUGUUCUAUCCAUUGUUACUAUAUUGUGCAUAGUUUAAGUAAAUAAAAGAAACAAAUUGCGUUAUCAUUGAAGAGAUCCAGCACAUUAAUUCUGCUGAAAUACUGUGACUAUACCAUUCCAAGAUUAUUUUUAUGUGCCUUACACUACCUUAUAAGAAUAGUUACUCCAUACUUUGUUAGUUAAUUCAUUAAUGUAUGAGUUCUUUAUUCAGUAUAAAUGUACAAAAUUAUUUGGUACAUUUACAGUUUUCACAUGCAUUUAUCAGAAUGGCAGUGGUAUAGGCUCUUACACAUAAGACUUUAUGGGAUUGUGUACUAUUUCAAAUGACUCGUAAAUAGAAUCUCUAACUUUUACCCAUAAUAAUAAUAAUAAUAAUGACACUUGGAUGUGAGAGUAUUAGAUCUCACAUCAGCUCCAAAUGUGAGAAUCAUACCUCCACAAUUAUUUAUUACACACUACCACUGACAGAUUUUCUGAAGUCUAGUGUUCUGCAAUAAACUGUAAGAGGAUUCUGUGCAUGCUUCAGUAAGUCUGUUUCUUUCUAACACAUUUCUGAAGUAUAAUUUAAGCAGUUUUCUUAGAAACAUUCUCAUUUUGGUUUCUGUUAUAGUUGUUCAACAUACGAACAUGACCAUAAAAUAUAUCAUUUACUUGCAAAUUAUAUGUGAUACUAUGUUAUGUUUGGGUGAUGGUGAAAAGGAAAUGAGGCAAAUGUAUGUGAGCAGUAUACAUGGGAACUAACUGAUAUAAAGUGUAAAUUUUCGUUAUUCAGCAUAGUAACUUGUAAAAUUUCUGUAUAUUUUGUUGUAUUGUUAUAAAAUAAAUCUUUG